CGAGGAUUACAUAUUUUUGAUUGACAACUCAAGCAAGCUCUCACUCCCAGAUCUCAAGCGCCAACAGUCACCUUCGUUCACCACGGCUGGCACUGCCAGUUGCCAUGUUCGCAUAACCUUUCUGUGGAUAAAUUGACCUGUUCUCCUGGCUUUCUGAACUUUUCACCCCUUGUAUAUCAUAACUAAGGCAGGCAGCGUGGCAAUGGAUCCCCCAACGACCACCACGCGGCGGAAGACAAAUUAUGAAAAGGGCGAGCAUUAUCUACGAUUAUCGCUGGAAACCUUGGACGAGCUUGCCAGCUUGUCGAAGCACGAGUGCCUUUCAGAAAAUCAAAAAACUUCCUUCGAUGAAGCUUACAGGGAUGGCAAGAUUCUAUCCCAAGAGACGAUAGAAAUCAGAGACAAACUGUUGACACAAAAGAAAUCUUUUCGCAAGUUUCUUGUUAACCUUUUCAUCCGCCAGUCAAGUACGAAGCAUUUUUACAAAGUCGCACAUGAGAAUUAUUCGUCUAUUAGAAGAACUUCGGAUGACCUGAACAGAAUAUUGAUUUCAGAGAUUGAUGCACUCUUAGUGUCAGGAAACCUCAGGUUGUCUGCACAAGGCAACGAGGCCGUUAAUAAGGAGAGUCUGCCACGUAGUGUGGUAGAAGACAAUCUUGGUUGGUGUGAAGAUUCUCUCUUAGAUGAAGAGGAUGGUUCAACCAGGAGUCCGUGUGAUGUAGUAGAAGGCAAUCAUUCAGUCGAAGAUCUUUCUUCCAACGAAGACACCCGAGACAUACAUCUAGAUGUACAUACAGAACAAGGACAAGAAGUCUUUGCGAUAUUGAAUCGACUUGGACUCAAGCUCGAUGAUAAUGGUGGUGGUGGUGGUGAUGAUGAUGAUGAUGAUGGUAGUGCCACUGCUAUACCUUCGCACUCACAAAGUAGAGCGCCAUCUCCUCGCCCCAGCUUGUGCACAAUCAAUAUUUAUAUCAACAAAAGCGUGGUGUCUUUUGAUUCAGAAUCGACAGGAGCAACAUUGAUUGCCGGGGCGAAUGAAGGGGUUGGCUCUGGAUAUCAAUAAGCUAACGUCUCUGUUGGAUUGAUGCGUUCUAUAUUAUGUCUAGUCGGCAGUGUAACAGUAAUAUAUUAUUGAUUAGGCAUUCGUGGGUCUCCAGCUAGAAGAUGUUGAUGAGCGCGGGCACCGUAUGUACUUCCAACGUCAGUUCAAACUCCGGCAAUGAUGUAUCACACAAGUUGUCACAUUAAUCCCAGUUUCUAUUCCGCGAGGCUAGGAAACAGCUUCAUGUGUUCGUCAAUUCUAC